AUGGAUACUCCUGAGCCUCAUGAACUCAACGUCGUUGAGGGCGAUGACACCAGCUCCAUCGUGAGCUUCGAGGACAUCCACCCUAGGUCCAGGCCGAGAUAUAGACAUAGUCCGCCCAUGGUCUCUAUGCCCAGGGUGUGCCCAAAAACAGAAAUACUCAAGAUCGAUGGCAAAGUGCCAGACGUCCUUCAUGUGGUCAAGUAUCUUGGUUGGCAAAAUAAUGUCAUAGAAUGCCGUCAGAGCGACGCUGCUUUCAAGCAUGUUCCCCCGUAUGGAUUCAAUGGCGAUAUCAACCUCGUAGUUGAUGACGAGGCAACUGGAGAUGAGAAGCCCGUUAUCGAGAUCAUCACGAAGGUCUUACCCCGGAGCCGUUCCCCCAUCCCUAUCCACCGUCGGUCUCGAGGGCCUCGAGACCAGGAAGACAGGCCGAUUACUGAAGCAUUCGAGAACAUUGAUUAUCGCUACGACAAUCUCUACCCCGAUGAAGGUCAAGAUCCCGAAGUUCCUGGUCCAGAAAUUUCCCGUCCCUUCAUGAUCAUUCAUUCAGAUCACCUUAUCAAUGCCCUCAAGGCCGUAGUAGCCUACUAUCCUUACGUCAGCUUUGACGGCAAGCCUGUCAAGAUCAAUGCCCCUUACCGGGUCCUCUACCAUCAUAGACAGGAGCUCGCCCGUUACAAGGAUAACCAACCAUUGGCCCACGACACUGACUACGCCGCGACUACAUCAAAGCAUAUCGACGUUCUCCUCAAGUUCCUUGACGAUAACCUCGGCGAUGAGAUCCGUCGUGAGGAGCGUCGUCAUCAACUUGCUACCCCAAGGGCUACCUUUGAUCUUUUUUGGCUUCUGCUCAAGCCAGGUGAAGUCUUCUACGCAAAACGCUAUGAUAUCUGGGCCCCAUAUGUUAUCAGUAGCGUCACCAUUGGACAGGGAAACAACUCCUGUGAUGUGUAUAACAUUAAUUGCUGGAUGCUAGAGUCAAACGGCACAAAAGUCAAUCGCUUCAUGUUCAGCUACAACCUCUCUCCCUGGCUUGGUGAGCAAGCCAUCGGGAGCCUUUCCAUCAUCCCUGCAGCUUUUUGGCCGGAAGACCUCGAAGCCCAAGGUGGAAUGGCAAUGAAGGAAAAGAACAUUGCUCUAGGCAAGCUCUAUUGGGAGCUCUUGAAGCGGCCAACUUAUAUGGAUUACGAGGGACUUCUUGUGAAUUCUGGGCCCAGCAACAGACAAUGCCGUGGGCCAACCGGCUUCAUGUGCGGCCGUGUCAUAUGUGAUGCCCCCGGGUUUGAUACAUUUUAUAAUCAAGGACCCGAUAACAUGCGUGGAGGUCGCUACCAUCGCAUCCCGGUUUACAAUGAAACCGCGCCUCCCUCCAAGGACCAUCUUCCCAAGGAUCUCCCGCGAUGUGGCUGCGAUGCCUGUAUGGCAAACCGCCCAAGCUAUAGUACCGAAAGCCCGUAUCAUGGAUUCGAAGACCUUGAUCCUACCCAAGACUCUCCCCCAGAUAGUGACCUCUUCUAUCUUGUGUGCAGCAAGACUAUGCCAGGAUUCCUCCUUGGCGACCGACGAUGGGGUCACUUGAACAUCGCCAACCUGAAGCAGCUGAAGACGGACAAGGAAGCUUUCAAGUAUCUUGUUCUUGAUGAUGAGGUCAAGAUGACUGUUAAGGCCUUGAUUGGAAAGUUUGCUGCUGACUUGGGAGACGGGAAGCUAUCCCCCUGGGGCAAUGACUUUGUGAAGAACAAAGGAGAAGGCCGAAUCUUCUUGCUCCAUGGUGCACCUGGCGUUGGAAAGACGUGCACCGCUGAAUGCGUCGCCGAGCUCACCAAUCGGCCUCUUAUUUCACUUACCAGUGGCGAUCUCAGCGUCGACUCGUUCAAUGUUGAGGCCAACUUGAGCUACUUCCUUGAGCUUGGUCAACGCUAUGGUGCUCUUGUCCUACUUGACGAAGCGGAUAUAUACCUCGAGCGCCGCCGCUCUAAGGAUAUUACCCGGAACGGCCUUGUAUCUGUGUUUCUUCGGGCCCUCGAGUACUACCGCGGAGUUCUCUUCCUGACGACCAAUCGUGUUCAGUCAUUCGAUACUGCAUUCCUCAGCCGUAUUCAUGUCGCAUUGCAUUACAAGAGUCUCACUUACGAGGACUGUGAGCGCAUCUGGACACAUAACUUUGAUCGCUUGAGUCGGGAUUCAAACGGUUUGAUCCAUGUUUCUGGUGCGGCUCGCGACUUUGUGUGGAACAGUCAUGAUGUUCGUAGUCUGAAGUGGAAUGGGCGAGAGAUCCGCAAUGCCAUGCAAACAGCCCUCGCUCUGGCCGAGAAUGAAGCUCAAGAGGAGAAUUUGGAGCGGGUUACAAUCAGUGAGAAGCAUCUCAGGGCAGUUGUGAAGAUGAGUCGUGGAUUCCGCGACUACAUCAAAACUGCAGUCCCCCUUGAGGGAUUCGAGAACACUCUCAACGAUUCUGACGAGGAGUGA